UGGAGCUGCCACAGUCCAGAGUUCAGCAGCCGAGCGGAUCUCCUCUCUCGUCCCUUUUCUUUUCUCCGUCCAGCCCGCAGACACGCUCACACCGACUGCUCCUCUAACUUCUCUCCUUCCUCCCGGAGCGCUUUGAUUCACUCAGCUGACGUCUCCGUUCCCUUUGGACACGUUGGGAUUUUGCGCACUUAUUAACCUCCCGUGGACCUGCGGCGCUUCCUGCCCCGGACGCUCUGAGCCGACAUGGCGCGCUUGUUCCUGUCGUGUCUCCUGCUGUUUGUAUCCACGCAGACGACUCUCUCCUCUGGGGUCUUCGAGCUGAAGAUCGACUCCUUCACCAGCUCCCGGGGCGUCUGUCGCUCCCCGUCCCAGCAGUGCCAGAUAUUUUUCCGCGCGUGUCUCGGGCAGUCCCAGGACGUCAACAGCCCGGAGCCGUCGUGCCCGUACGGCAGCAAUCUCUCCGAGAUCUUCGGCGCCGACUCCAGCUCCAUCUCCGAGAGCGCGCCCAUCAGGGUGUCCUUCCCGUUCAAGUGGCCGGGCACUUUCUCUCUGAUCAUUGAAGCCUGGAACGCGGAGUCGUCCGUACUCAAGUCUACAGAGAACCAGAACAACCUCAUCAGCCGGGUGGCGACCAGCCGCAGGCUGACAGUCGGCGAAGAGUGGUCCCAAGACGUGCACUUCGGCAACCAGAGCGAGCUGCGCUACUCCUACCACGUGGUGUGCGAUGAGCACUACCACGGCGAGGGCUGCACCGCCUACUGCCGGCCCCGAAACGACACCUUCGGCCACUUCACCUGCGACAGCGACGGGAACCGCCGCUGCCAGGAGGGCUGGAAGGGCGAGUACUGCUCUGAGCCCAUCUGUGCGGCGGGGUGCAGCGAGGAGCACGGUACCUGCUCGUCUCCCGGAGAGUGUGUGUGUCGGCAGGGCUGGCAGGGCGAGCGCUGCGACGAGUGCACCCGACACCCCGGCUGCAAGCACGGGACCUGCCAGCAGCCCUGGCAGUGCCACUGCAAGGAGGGCUGGGGAGGCCUGUACUGCAACUUAGACCUGAACUACUGCACCAACCACAAGCCGUGCCGGAACGAUGCCUCGUGCACCAACACCGGCGAGGGCAGCUACACCUGCACCUGCCGGCCCGGGUUCACCGGCAAGGACUGCGAGAUUGAGACCAACGAGUGCGACAGCAACCCCUGCAUGAAUGGCGGCAGCUGCAAAGAUUUGGUCAACGGGUAUUCGUGUGCGUGCCCUCAAGGCUUCUACGGGGCGAACUGCGAGACCAGCCUCAUGACGUGUGCAGAGCAGCCAUGUUACAACGGAGGAACCUGCAUGGAGGACGGCGCCGACGGGUACAGGUGCUACUGCCCCUCCGGCUUCACAGGCUCCAACUGCGAGAAGAGGCUCGACAGGUGCAGCAGCAACCCCUGCGCAAAUGGUGCUCAGUGUUUGGACCUCGGUAAGCGUGUCAUGUGCCGCUGCCGGCCCGGCUUCACCGGCUCCCACUGCGAGACCAACAUUGACGACUGUGCCGGUAACCCCUGCCGCAACGCCGGCACCUGCAUCGACGGCAUCAACGACUUCACGUGCACAUGCACGCUCGGCUUCACCAGCAAGGACUGCUCGGUGCGUGCCAGUCCCUGCGACCUGUUCCCCUGCGACAACGGCGGCACGUGUUACACUCACUUCACGGGACCGGUGUGCCGGUGUCCGCAGGGCUUCAUGGGCGCGCGCUGCGAGUACCCCGUCACCGAUGGGGAGAACACAAAGCCACCGCCAGAUGGUGACGAUCCUCCCGCGCUGAUUGCUGCUGUCGCCCUCGGCUUGGUGACGCUGACUCUCCUGCUGUGCGCCGCCGUCCACAUCCUGCGUCAGCUGCGCCGGGGCAGAGCGCUGAGAGCCAUGGCCACAUCGGUGAAGAACGACCUGGAGACGGUGAACAACCGCAACGCAGUAAUCGGUGGAGGUGGACCCAAAAACGGGAGCUUGCCCGGAGCACCGCUGUGCAGCCUGAAGGAGAAGGAGGCCUUCCUCAUCCCUGGAGGACAUUUUAAAAUGUCCAAUAAGGAUGCAGCACUAGUGGAGAAGGGCGGAGACAACAUGGCAAUGUUUAAAAACAAAAUGGCUGACUGUAACCUGGCGAAAGAGGAGCAGCACCUGACCAAGAACAAGUUUGACCUCAGUAAGAAGUGUGAGUCGUCCAUCAUCGUCCCUCCUCUCAGUUUUGCAAAGGACAGUCUGUAUCACCCGGUGUUCAUCAUCCCGGAGCAGAUGGAGCAGUGUGUGUUUGCCACUGAGGUAUAACCUCAGAGUGCCAGCAGAGGAGAUUUUACGCUGAAGGCCUUCCUACACUUCCUGUCCAGGACAGUUCACCCAGAGGAUCCAUUCUACACACUUUUUUUUAUUUAAUAUUUAUUGCUGUUGCUCAACAGAAAGAAGCAAAAAGAAAGGACUUGUUUUUUACUCCUCUCUGCUUUGGUUGAGAAUCAACAGAGCAGUGGAGGAGGAAAAGAAAAGGACAGACUGAAGGUCUGGCAUCAUUUGCACUAUUUAUCUUUUCUGUAUACUUUAAAUCUUAAUAUAACAUUUUUGUUUGUAUAUCUGGAUUUUCUUUGGAUUAAAUGUGACCGAGAGGACGUAAAGAAUUGGAACUGUCCACCAAUCGGAAAGACCGGUGCCUUAGCAAUUGUCCAUAAUCACUGUGGCAAUCAUUUCCUGUUCAAUUUCACAAUAAGGUGUCAAUCAGAUCAUCAGAGGAACUGCUCACAGGAACAGGAGACAGGACAUUUUAUUUCAGGUCAAACGCCUUGCUAAACGCCAACUAUCCUCAUGAUUUUUUGUCUAAGUAGCUUUCAGUCGUCAAUUCGUCCAUUUAGUUUGAUCUUUUGAUUUCUUUGGAAGUGAAGUAUCACAUUGUGGCCUGUUAGAAGAACCUUACAAUCACAUCCUGCAAACUCUGAAGUGCCUCUUCUUAUGAAAAUAGACUUUAAUCCAGGAAGCCAGUGAGGGAUGUUAUUUGUAUUUCAUGUCCAGAUCUUUAAGAGCAUCAUUCAGCUCGACUGGAACAAGCUCCUUGUACUGGGGAUGUGAUUUUAAAUCCAUAUGUGCUGUCCCAAACACAACACGAACAUCCACGCACGUUCUGUUUCCUGCAUUUUCACCUCAUCAACUGUUCAUCUACGCUUUUAAAACAAAGACAAACAUUAUAGACUGGAUAAGCUGGACUCAUCUUACACUGCUUUUUGUCAUCCUGUCAAAAAAAAAAAAAAAACCUAAACUUGCUGCCUUCCUUAA